GGUACCGGAAGCAGUUCCCCGUGUCUAACUUGAGCAGUGCGGAGUCCGGUUGAAGAGGUUUGUUCCCGGGUCCUUGUUCUCCGUUAGUUCUGCUCUUUCCGUCCCGUAGUUCAUCAGAUACAACCGGAGUGAACCAGCAGAGCCCGUAUGUCUGGAUCAACCUGUUUAACUGGACUUUGUGCUCAUUUUCGGGCCGUUUAACCUCAGAAUCAUCUCCGUUAGCCAAGAAUGCUAACUGAAGUUAGCUGCAAAUAGACGGAGACGGAACUCGGCCACACAGCGCUCGUCUCAGGGACUAAUCGAUAGAGAUGAAACUGGAGCCACAAUGUCCAGAUAAACCUGUCUGAAUGGACUCUGUGUUGGUCCCUUUUAGUAGAAAACGUCUGAACUGUCUCCUGGUGUCCUACGAAGCUAAUGAAGUUAGCUUGCUACAGGAAGUAGACGGAGACAGAGGUAACCUAGCAACACAGCUCGUGUCAGAGUGAGCUCACCGUUUUUAACGGAGUGUGUCUGGAGGACACGGUACUGGGAUUUAGUGAAGAUGUCUAAAGUUGAAAUGCUGAGAGCUUUUGUGAACCAGCGACUAACUGCGGCUGCUGAUGAGAUAUUUGAGCUGUUUGAAAGGACGAUAGCAGAGUACGAGGAGGAACUGGAGUUCAGUUCAAGAGAGAAUCACCGACAACGGAAACUACUGGACGCUGUUUUACACCCGGAAGUCCGGUUACACAGAGCAGGUAACACAGAUGACCAGCAGCUGUUGGUGGUUAACGAAGAGGUUCCCCCUGAGCAGCAUGAGUGGAGCCCCAGUCUGGACCAGGAGGACACAGAGCCCCCACACAUUAAGGAGGAACAGGAGGAAGUCUGGACCAGUCAGGAGGAACUCUGGACCAGUCAGGAGAGAGAGCAGCUUCAAUGGCUGGAGGAGGCUGAUAUCAAGUUCCCUUUCACUUCUGUCCCUGUGAAGAGUGAAGAAGAUGAUGAAGAAAAAGCUCAGUCCUCACAGCUCCAUGAAAGUCAAAGUGAGGAGAACAGAGUGACAGAGAGAACAGAAGCUGAAGGAGAUGACUGUGCAGGACCAGAACCAGCCAGGAACUCAGAUCCAGAUACUCCUUUAGAACCAGCUGCUCAUGACAAGACUUCACACUACUCAGAACCUGAGACUGAUGACAGUAGAGAUUGGGAGGAGACUCAGUCAGUUUUACACCCUCUGCAAAACAAUGAAGUACCUGUAAGUGAUCUGGAAUGUAAUACUGGAAAAACAUCAGUUAGCUCCUCUGAAUGUGCUGGAAGCUUUGGCCAUGGGGGACAUCUGCAGAAACACACUGUAGUCCAAACAGGAGUGAAACCAUUUAGGUGUUCAGUUUGUAAUAAAAGAUUCACACAAAAGGGACAUCUGAGACGACACUUUCGUGUCCACACAGGGGAGAAACCAUUUAGUUGCAAAAUUUGUAGUACAAGAUUCGCAGACCAUAGUACUCUGAGACGACACUUACCUGUCCACACAGGGGAGAAACCAUUUAGUUGUUCAGUUUGUAGUAAAACAUUCUCACGCCAUAGUACUAUGAGACGACACUUAUCUGUCCACACAGGAGAGAAACCAUUUUUUUGUUCAGUUUGUAGUAAAACAUUCACACAAAAGGCACAUCUGAGACAACACUUGCGUGUCCACACAGGGGAGAAACCAUUUAUUUGUUCAGUUUGUAGUGAAAGAUUUGCAGACCAUAGUAGUCUGAGACGACACUUGACUGUCCACACAGGGGAGAAACCAUUUAGUUGUUCUUUUUGUGGUAAAACAUUCUCACGCCAUGGUACUCUGAGACGACACUUGACUGUCCACAGAGGGGAGAAACCACCAGUGUUUGUGAUGAAUGAUUCGGUCGGUUCUGUUUUGUCAAAAAACACAAGUGUGUUGGUGAGAGCAGCAGAAAUAAAUGAAGCUGCGGAGAUGCUUGUUUAGCCAUUUUUUUUUCCAGCAUGAUUUAAGUACAGAGGACAAGACUUGGUUUUUAUCACCGAUCAGCUAAAAAUUGUCACACUUAAGGCUGAUGCAGAUUCCAAAAUAAACCUUUUCAGCUAAGAUGAAGCUGCAUAACCAUUUAAAUUCAGUUUUAUUUUUGUCUUUGUGAUAUUUCGUUUUUUUUUAGCUACUGUGCUUUUUGGUAUUACAUGUAUUCAUUGAUUAAAAUGUGUUUUAAAAUGUCUAAAAGUAUUUUUAUGCCUCCUAUACAUCAAUAUAGUCAUCUUUUGUGAUUUGUGAAUAGAAUGACUUGACUAAUAAUUUAAUGGACUCUGCUGGUCUUGAAUUAAUCUCUCAUCGUGAGUAAAACAUGAACAGUUGGUUCUUCAACUGCUCACACUGUAUUUGGUUUUAUUUCAGUCAAAUCAUUUAUUGCAGAUGUUUUGUCCCAGCAACAAACCUCCAAGUGUCUACAAAGACAUAUCUGUCCGCCCAGCUCAGCAGGCAAACACAAUGUGUGGAAACAUAAAGAAAGAAUUUUCUGUUGAUUGACUAAUUGAUUAAUCAUUUUAGCUCUAAUUUUAUAUACUUUGGGGUAGU